AUGAUGUGCGCCCAGCAUGCCUCCCCUGGUAUCGUGCACAGCCAAACUCAGUCCAGUUUGGGAAGAAAAAAGAUGGACCGCAUGGUGGCUCUGGUGACUUCUGAAGUGAGCGUGUGGGGCUGGUCAGCUCCACAAGGCCCAGAGCUGGCAGCAAUGAGUCAGAAGAGGCUGACACGACAGCUGACGCUGUGGGAGAGUCCCGGAGGUCCACCUCCUGCCCCCUCGCUCACCUCACCUAUGUCACCAGACGAUCAGUCACGCGGACACGGGGGCUCGGCGCUGUUUCGCCGCAUGAAACUGAACUGUGAAAUCCGAGAGCGCAGACGUUCGUCUCACUGUUGCAGCUUUGAUUCAGAGAAUGGUCCCUUACCAGGCCGCAGUCCCAUGGAUUCGCAGGCGAAUCCUGGGUUGGUGCUCCACCCUUCGUUUCCCCAGAGCCAGCGCAGGGAGUCCUUCCUGUACCGCUCAGACUCAGACUACGACACGUCCCCCAAAACUAUGUCACGCAACUCCUCCAUCAACAGUGAGGGGCAUGCCGAAGACAUGAUUGUCACCCCUUUUGCUCAGGUGUUGGCCAGCCUACGAACUGUAAGAAGCAACUUCACCAUCCUCGCCAAUGUCACAACACCCACUAACAAGAGGUCACCAGUGACCAGCCAACCCACCGUUCCCCAAGCCACGCUCUCUGAGGAGACAUACCAGCAGAUGGCUCGGGAGACUCUGGAUGAGCUGGACUGGUGUCUGGACCAGCUGGAGACCAUUCAGACCCACCGCUCAGUCAGUGAGAUGGCCUCCAACAAGGUGCGCAGCGCUGUCACUCUGGAGUGUCCAGGUUUGACUGGCUGUGGCCUCUCCCCACGCACCCUGACGACGUCCUCAUGCCACUGGGGGACCCACAGUGCCCCGGCUCCGCUCCACUACCGUCCCCCUUGCCUCUGCCAAAGGCCCAAACCCCCAAUUCCCCCGGUUACCCUCAACAUGGGUGUGGUGGAGGCCAUUGACCCGGCGCCAUCCCCCUGUCCCUCGCCCGUACCAGGGGGCUACAGGCUGCCCCGCUCCUCCAGCUACAGCCCCCUGCAGGGGAGGGCAGGGGCAGAGCUGGACCUUGGUGCGGCUGCUGGAGGAGUUAUGGAGGGGGGUGGGACGGCGGCAGAGCGCAGGACGCCCUUAGUGGACCUGUUCUGUGAGACCUGCUCCAGACCCUGGCUCAUCGGUUGGUGGGACCAGUUCAAGAGGAUGUUAAACAGGGAGCUGUCCCAUUUGUCAGAGAUGAGUCGCUCAGGGAACCAAGUGUCAGAAUACAUCUCCACUACCUUUCUAGAUAAGCAAAAUGACGUGGAGAUUCCGUCCCCGACUUUGAGAGAGAGGGAGAAGCCCAUGUGUCACAUCAGUGGAGUAAAGAAGCUCACACACAGUUCCAGCCUGUCCAACUCCACCUUGCCACGCUUCGGUGUGAAGACUGAACACGAGGAUGCAUUAGCCAGGGAGCUGAAUGACUUGAACAUGUGGGGCCUUAAUAUCUUUCGCGUGGCAGAGUUCUCUAAUAAUCGACCUCUCAGCUGCAUGAUGUUUGCCAUCUUCCAGGAGCGAGACCUACUGAAGACCUUUCGGAUCCCUGUGGAUACAUUUGUCACCUAUGUGAUGACCCUAGAGGACCACUAUCAUGCCAAUGUGGCCUACCACAACAGCCUCCACGCUGCUGAUGUCACCCAGUCCACCCAUGUACUGCUAUCCACACCAGCUCUAGAUGCUGUAUUCACAGAUCUAGAGAUACUAGCUGCACUAUUUGCUGCUGCCAUUCAUGAUGUAGACCAUCCAGGAGUGUCUAACCAAUUCCUCAUUAAUACUAACUCGGAACUAGCGCUGAUGUAUAAUGAUGAGUCCGUGCUGGAAAACCACCACCUGGCUGUGGGCUUCAAGCUGCUUCACGAGGACAACUGUGACAUUUUCCAGAACCUCAGCAAAAGGCAGAGGCAGAGCCUGAGGAAACUUGUUAUAGAUAUGGUUUUGGCCACAGAUAUGUCCAAACACAUGAGUUUGCUGGCAGAUCUCAAGACUAUGGUGGAGACCAAAAAAGUUACAAGCUCUGGCGUACUGUUGCUGGACCACUAUACGGACCGAAUACAGGUACUAAGGAACAUGGUGCACUGUGCUGACCUGAGCAAUCCAACAAAACCCCUGGCUGUGUAUCGGCAAUGGACGGAGAGAAUCAUGGAGGAGUUCUUCAGGCAGGGGGAUAAGGAACGGGAGCGAGGGAUGGAAAUAAGUCCCAUGUGUGACAAACACACUGCAUCUGUGGAAAAAAGCCAGGUGGGCUUCAUUGACUAUAUUGUGCACCCACUGUGGGAGACAUGGGGAGACCUUGUGCAUCCUGACGCCCAGGAAAUCCUGGACACUCUGGAGGACAACAGGGACUGGUACCAUAGCACUAUCCCGCAGAGCCCCUCGCCACCCCCUGUGGGCCCAGACAAGGAUAUGAAAGCAUGCAUAGACAAGUUUCAGUAUGAGCUCAACCUUGAGAGCCCUCAAAGAGAACAGGGAGACACGGGUGAAAACCCCAUGCCAAACCAUGUGGCACAGGACUGCAGUAACAGGGACGAGGAGGGCAAAAAAGAGGACGAAGAGGACAUAAUGGCAGAGGAGGAAAAUGAGGACAUAAUAGAAGAGGAAGACGAGGUGGCUAUGGAGGAGGAAGACGUGGAGGAAGAGCUGAAACCUCAGUUGGUCGAUGGCUCUGAAAAGGAAAGACUUUCUGACACAAGUCCUGUAGAAGAAGAGGAAGAUUCUUCUUCACAAGCUGAAGAUACAUGA